AUGGUAAAUGAAAUUCGUGUUAAACGUGCGUACAUCGACGCGUAUGAACGACAUUCGUCUCAAAACUCUUUGUCGAGAGAUCAUACCUGUUUCAGUAGUUUUAAAGAGUUGAAUAACAAGGCAGAUGGCAAACAAUAUCUACAAGGUCUAGGGAGAAUCCUAAACUUAAGUGGUGCUGAUGGAUGGAAUACGUUUCAAGAAACAUUGUGCUUCAAUAUUGAAUUUAGUGGUGCUGGUGCAACAGAAUUUAAACAAUUGGAAUUCAGAGUCGGUGGCAGAAAUGGUACAGCAACCUAUCUACUCGUGGCAACAAAUGUUGAUAAUAGUUGUAAAGUGACAGUGUGUUAUGCAUAUCAUCAUAUUAAUCAACAUAUUCGGGACCAUGGAGGGUUUACUAUGCAAACAGCUGAUAUAACACUUGAUUGGAUGAGAGCAAAAUCGUGCCAAAGUUUAGCAACUCUGUUACCACCGAACUUAGCACCACAACUGAUUUAUGAAUAG